AUGGGAGAUGGAAGGGAUAAGCAUUAUAGUGAGAAUAAAGGGCUAUUUUGUCAUCUUCCUGCAUAUGCUGCCGGAGCUAGUCAUCACCCUCCAACCCAUUGGGGUUACCACCGCCCUCUGCCAUCUAGCUAUCCUCCGCCGCCGUGUGGAUACCCACCGGCAGGUUAUCCUCCUCCUGCUUUAUACCCGCCAUCUGCAUAUCCUCCACCAGGUGGAUACCCUCCUCCAAUGGUCGGUUAUCCUGGUCCAUAUCAUUCAGGUCAUGGAAAUCACUUUGGAGGACUGUUGGCCGGAGGUGCGGCGGCUGCUGCCGCAGCUUAUGGAGGUCACCAUUUAGCAUACGGUGGCUACGGCCUCCACCAUGGCGGUUAUUCUGGGCAUCACCACGGCAAGUUCAAGCAUGGAAAAUUUGGAAAGCAUUGGAAGCAUCAUGGCAUGUAUGGGGGAAAGUUUAAGAAGUUCAAGAAAUGGAAGUGA